AUGACGGCGAUGGCGGCCCGAUCGUCGGACGUGGCUCCUCUGGAGGGUCCCGCGGUGCUGGAACCCUCGGAGGAGUAUUUGCGCGCGCUGUGGAAGCUGGACGAGGCCAAGCUGCAACUCCACGAGCUCAUCGCGCAGGAGGAGGCGCGAAUCGCGUCGCACGGCUGGCAGGACGCGGCGGGGGGCGCCGCGGUGAUCGCGGGCGCGGUGCUACGCUCGCGGCUCCCGGACACGCCCGCGCUGUCCCUCCGCUCGGCGUUCCCGACGGCGCAGCGCGACCGUCAGUCGAUCGAGGCGGACCUGCCGCGGCUCGACAUCACGGACAGCCCGCAGGCGGCCCGUCGCAGGGCCCCGGAGGACCUCCGCCACAGCCACCGCCACCCUCGCGCGCGCUCCUCCUCCCGCGACCCCGCACUUUCCGCGAGCGUAGACACCCUAGCAUCCACCGGCUUCACGCGCCAGCCGCCGGGCGCGGUUUCCCCGGCCACCAGCGCCGCGCCCCACCCCGCGACACGUCUCGACGAACCCUGCGGGCAACGCCGACGCAUCGUCCGCGCACGCCCGGCCACGCGCGACGUCGGCCUGCAAGCCGCGCUCGCCGACGCCGCCGUCCAGGUCUCCCUCAGCACCCUGCGCGUCAGCGCCCCGCGGCCCACGCCGCCGGACGCCGCCGUGGAAACCUCCGUCGCCCUCCACGCGGACGCCCCCGCACGGCCCGCCCACGCGGACCACCCCACUACCACGCCUUCGGUCGCAACUGCGGCGCCCCGCGCCGCUCAGGAGCGCGAGCCCACGGCGCGACGUGCUGCAAUGGCGUCGCCGUCGUCGCUGCACGCGUCGCGCGGCGGGGGCGCGGCGCGGGCGCGGAUUCUGCGGCGGGCGCGCGCGUGGGGCCGCGCGUCGCACCUGUACGUCGGGGCGCCGCUCGACGCCGACGGGGUGCUGCGGCGGAGAGGCCGGGGGGGUGUGGCGGUGGCGUUCCGCGAGUGGCGGGUCGCGGCGGCGUGCUUCGUGCGCUGGGCGGAGGCGGUGUGCGCGGGGGGCGUCGCGGACGACGGAGGUGGGGAGCUGAGCGACCGCAGGAGCGAGUCGGGGGGGGAGUGUGUGGCGGUGGCGGAGGUCGCCGUUCCGACGCUGCAGCGUGCGCGGAGCGCGUCGAGCGACAGCAGCUCCGGCGGGAGCUUGCCUGGCUCGGCGUUCGACGCGUGGCUGGCGCGGCGGCGGCGGCGGCUGCGAGGGCGGUGA